UAAACGCAGCUCUACUACUAAACAUGCAGCGUCUUCCUAGACUAGCCGUUGUUAUUGCAGUGCUUUCUCUGCCCCUUAUUUCGGGUGAAGUUAAGAACCUGCUUCAGCACGAAUUUCCAGAUGUGGGAAAGGUUUUCGAGGGUUUUCGGGCAGGUCUCGCACUCUUUGACGUCGACAACGACGGUGACCUUGACUGUCUAACCACAACAGAAGUGGAUUACGACGCCAGCGUGCCAAGUGCAGUAUACAUUUGGUUUCUCCAGGGAGUAAACGGACACGAAGGGCGAAAUAUUACCUACUACGUCCGUCCUGGCGACGGCCCAGGCCAGCUUCUCUUGAAGGACCAAAAUGUUGACGGACCCCUUCAAACGGCUACAAUAUUCUACUCGGACUACAAGGACUGCGUCGUGGUGGACUUGCCUUACGAAAACUCACAAGAAUGCAUGUUAUGGAUUUCUUGGGAAGUGAAGAACAACGUUCCGCAGCGUUGCAUAGACGAAUAUGACGGCAGCUGCGAGAACGCUAAACAAACAUUUGACGAUGAGACCUGUAGCCCUUUCUUCGAAGUCAGUGGAUUGUAGGAUUGCUAUAACAAUGACACAUGGAGCUCAUUUUUACACUAGAGCAUGUCACUACGUUACUCCUAUCUAAAAUAGAUUUCUCACGUUGACAGGGCGUAUAGCACAAUGCUGCAAAGCAACAACUAUACGCACAAUUUUGAUUGAUGGUGUGGAGGGAGCAAACUUUCGGAAAUUUCAACAAUAAAAUUGCUGAUGAAAACGCA